UGUUGCAAUUAUGAAGUUCUUUAUAUUUUUGUUCUUGUUCGGUUUGCUUUACAAGACCAUAGAUGCUGGGUCAGAUACCGGUGAAAAUAACGAAACCGACAAACAUCGUGUUAGCUUCAGCGUGGAAGAAACGUUUAAAAGCUACCGAAAAAAAGUUAAGAGCUGCGCAUGUUCGCCAGAAGAUGUAACUUGGAAAGAAGGCCUUCAGGACCACUACGACGGAUGUAGAACAGCUUCUUGGUUAUUCCGUGGAAAAGCAUACGAUCUAGCUGACACCGCAGUGAAUUCGUUACAGGGAUGCAUAACGAAAUUAAUUUAUUUCGCCAAUGUGAACUCAACAAUAGUAGCGUCGAGCUCUACAGCAAUUUUAAAGUCGAUGAGCAGAAGUAGAAAUCUUAAUCGGUCCAGCAUGAAUAUCAUUUUUGAGUUCGAAAAAGUUGUGCUCGCGAUAUUCGAAGAAGUCAAUGAGGUCGCUCAGAAGUUGUCGGAGCACAUUGGCGAUGUUGCAUGUGCUUUCACAAACGCAGUUACCGAUCUAGGUACCGCAUUAUUCCAGUAUAUGAGAGACUUUCUCGAAAGUUGCCGAUUAUUUAAAUGCAAAAAGAGAGUUAACAACAAGCCUGUUCUCAAACAAAACCAAAAACUUAUGAACACCUUGGCACUGAUUGGCGCAACAUUGCUCAACGAAUGUGAAAAUGAAGUUACUCUGGAAGUGUAUGAGUCGGUUUUAGUUUUGCAUUUGAUCUUUUCCUAUUUGUUCAUUACGGUCCCAGGUAUCAACAGUUGUUCUAUAGAUGUGCUCUACGGCCGAAGCUGUCUUAUAUCGAAAGGCACCAUAGGCGCCUCGUUAUCAUUUGACUACGCACUUACAUCUGUCACCCAAGCUACUUCUGAAGUCACUUUUCCGUACAACAAUUCCAUUAAAGAUCUGAUAAAAAUUUUUGUUAACAUAACUAUGACCUUAAAUACGGCUUUGAAAGACUUAUUUGGACUGUUCGAUGGUGUGGAAAUAACUGUUGGAGAGAUAGUUAAAAACGUAGUCAAGGGCACAGUUACAGUAUCCGAAUCUAAAGCUCAAAUAAACAUUGUGAAAGUGGGCUUCUAAAAAAACUGACUGUAAGGAUGG